AUGCCCAUGGCUAUCCCAAGGGCUUUUCGUACGUCUACGAUGUCAUUGAAGAUCUGGGCUGACCAACUUCUUGCUGAACGAGAACAUGAGCAAGAGUUGGCCACGCCGAUGGGCUUUCCGAAAGGAAAAGCUCAGUGGGAAACGGAGUUCAGGCUUGGGGCGCAUGGUGUCCAGGAAUGA